CAGAAUCUGUUGCUACAAUGCAGGCUCAAAUUGUCUCAGAGCUCUCAGUUCCGUUCUGAUGCUCGGCUAAGGAGCAUCGUAAAUUGGCCAAAUUAGAAAGUUAGUGUUCUAGAAGUUUUUUUUUUCUCAUUUUAUAGUGUGUGAUAUUAUUAAUUAUUGUUUGCUGUAGGCAGUUUACUAUGAGUGGAUAAGGAUGAAGCUGAAACAAAAGUACGUUGAAAGUAUCUCGGCAGCAUCUGCAGGGCUGCUGGCGUUGGGGCUACUGCUGCUCGCCACCACCGUGUCAGCGGCCCUCCCGGGCCAUCAGUACACCUUCAGCUGCCAUCGACAUGGGCGCGAGUGCAAGCUGUGGAAUCUGUUCCUGGACACACCGGACGAGGUGUCGGAAGCGAUCAUCAACACCGGCGGUGACGGAAGCGGAUCGUUCGUUGAGGUCGAGAUAGCGUACUCAUCUCUCCCGAUCAUCCCGCCGUCACUGUUCGCCGACAACGAGAAUGUGGUCUCGCUCAAGAUGGAGGACUGUGACGUGGAGCUGCUCGAGUCGAGCACGUUCGACGAUGCGCACGAGCUGAAGUACCUGCAGCUGCAGAAGAAUCAUCUGACCGCGCUGCAUGACGAUGGGUUUGUGCGGGCGACCAAGCUGCUGCGGCUCAACCUUGGCAGCAAUCGGAUCGUCACGGUCGGGGAGUUUGCCUUCCGCGGGCUGGACAAUCUGGAGACGCUGCGGCUGUCCCGGAACAAGAUUGCACAGUUCGCGAGCAAAACGUUCGCCGGGUUGUACCAGCUGACGGAGCUGAACCUCGACCACAACCAUGCGGAGGAGCUGCCCGAUCGGCUGUUCGAGGAGCUGGGGCAGCUGCGGGAGCUGCAUCUGGAUCACAACUAUCUGUCGGUGUUGUCGCGUAACACCUUUCUCGGACUGACGGGGUUGCGCAAGUUGAUACUGAAGGAGAACGAGCUGGUGUCGAUUGAUCCGCAAGCGUUCGCACCGCUGACUGCGCUGACUGAGCUCGAUUUGGAGGGUAACAAUCUGAAGUUGAUGUCGUCGAACACGUUUCUGCCGCUGGGACAUCUGAGAGAGUUGGUGCUGGCUGACAACUACAUCGAACGGUUGGACGAUGGCAUGUUUGCGGGCAACGUAAAUCUGGAGAUACUGAAGCUGAACAACAACUCGAUCGAGGAGCUGCAGCCGGCCGUGCUGGCUAGCUUGAAAAACUUGGAAGAUCUGUCCCUGCAGCAUAACGAAAUUCGAGUGCUGGAGAAAUCACUGCUGAAACACGCGACCAGCCUGAGGGUACUGCGGCUGGAGGGAAACGUUCUGCACAAGAUUAGCCCCGGUACGUUCGAUACGUUGCGACGCCUGGAGACGCUCGACCUGGAGGACAACAGUUUGUCGUCGAUCGAGGGAGGCAUCUUUAGCGGUUUGUCGUCGUUGGAAAAAUUGUUCAUCAACGAGAAUCAGCUCGAGGAGCUGAAAGCCGGCUCGCUGAAGGGGUUGGAGCGGCUGCGAAAGCUGGAGCUGGAGCAAAACAUCAUCCGCCGGGUGGAUGAACGGUUCCUGGACGAUACGACGCAGCUGCGUACGCUUUCGCUGGCCGAGAAUCUGAUCGACGAGAUACCGGCCAAGCUGUUUGCGAAUCAGAAAAGCCUGAAGGAGAUUUCUCUUGAGAACAACAACAUUCAGCAGCUGCCGGAAGGAGUGUUUGCGGCGAUCGCGACCUGCCUGGAGGAGCUGUACCUAGCUGAUAAUGAUCUGUCCGAACUGUCGCCGGGCGUGCUGGACCUGCCCCGGCUCGAGCUGCUCGACAUCUCCGACAACAAGUUCCGCGACCUGCCGGACGAUAUGUUCAGCAAGGCGAAGCAACUGCACGAACUGUACGCGGACGGUAACAUGAUCGAUGGCAUACCGGACGCGUUGCGUUCGUUGUUGCGCUUGUCGACGCUUUCGCUCACACGUAAUCGACUGCACGAGAUCGACCCGCAGAGCUGGAGCAUGAUGCAGCGCCUGAAGGAGCUGUACCUGUCCGAGAACUUCAUCCAGGAGCUGACGCCGCAAAGUUUCGAGCGAUUGGAAUCGCUCAAAGAGCUGCAUCUCGACCGGAACCAUCUGCAUAGUAUCCCGCAAAAUACGUUCGCGCGUAAUGGUAAUCUGGAGAAGUUGAACCUUUCGAGCAAUCAUCUAGUGGGCCCACUGGCAAACAGCUUCGCGGGACUGUGGAAGCUGAAGGAGCUACAACUUUCGGACAAUCCACUGGUCGACAUGGAGGCGAACAGUUUCCGCGAUCUGCGCAAGGUGGAAAAGCUGUCGCUCGAGAACGUUAGCCUGGCGGACGUCAGUGGCAGCGCGUUUUACGGCAUGUCAUCGCUCGAGAAGCUCGACCUGGACGAGAACCGCGUGCACCGGCUCGAAGGAUCCUCCCUGCGGGGGCUCGAGAUGCUCGAAACAUUGUCCAUCAACCACAACCCGGUCUCGCGCAUCGAUGCAAACACGUUCAAACACUUGGGCAAUCUGAAAACUAUCUCGCUCGGUCCGGGCUCGAUCGACUUCACCGAGGAUCUGCUGUCCAACAAUCAGCGGCUGAAGGAGCUGUAUUUGUUCAACUGUGUGGCAAGUCCGCUGCCGCCACGAUUCUUCCACUUCAACAAGAAGCUGCAAACGCUGGCGAUCGUCAACAACGCCAAGCUGGGCGGGUUGAACAAGCAGUGGUUUAAGGAUCUUUCCAACCUGCAAACGCUGGUGCUUACGCGCAACGGGUUAACGCAGUUCGAGAAGGGCAUAUUCGAUACGCUCGAUGGACUGGACGCACUAUACUUGUCGGGUAAUCCGGUCGGCGAGCUAGAUCGGGACGUGUUUUCCCACGUCGUUGGGCUGGAGGUGCUGGAUCUUUCCAGCAUGAAGUUGCGCACGCUACCGAUGGGCAUAUUCGACAAUUUGUACGACCUGGAGCUGCUGGAUUUGGGUGAAAACGAGCUUGCAAACGGGCUGACGAAUGGUGUGUUUAGAAAUCUGUACUCGCUCAAGACACUGUCCCUCGAUAACAAUCAUCUAAAAACGCUCGACACGGUGCUGUUCGACGAUCUGAAGAACCUGCGCACGAUCGACCUCAGCGGCAACGAGCUGAGCAGUCUCGAUCCGCAGCUCUUCCACGAUUCACUCGAUCUCGAGCUGCUUGAUCUUUCCUCCAAUAAGUUCACCACCUUCGACUUACAACAGACGACCUUCUUCAAAACGCUGAUCGAGCUCGAUCUGGACGACAAUCAGCUCGUUUCGAUCCGCAUCACGGAAGACCUGGAGGAGCUGUACGUGGAGAACAAUCAGCUUACGGCGAUCGAGGUCGACAACUCACCGUCGUACAAUCUGCGCAGCCUGUCGAUCGCAAACAACAAAUUCACCGAGCUGGAUUCGCUGUACCGGUUCAACAAUCUGGAGGAGCUGGACGCGUCCGAGAACGACGAGCUGCGCGUGCUAGAGUUGGGGCGGAUAUCGAAAGCCAUGUCGGUGCUGGAAGUGCUGAACGUGUCGCACUGCAACAUUGAGCAGUUGAAUUUGGCAGAGAUAGAGAUGCACGCGUUCCUGGAGCGGUUGGAUGUGUCAGGCAAUCGGUUGGCUAGUUUGGAGAUGGAUGCGUACCGGUACUUCCCGGCGGUGGAAAGCUUCCUAUUCGGUGGCAACGCGUUCCAGCAGUUCUCGAUCGAGGAGGUGCUCGGUAGCUUUAAGGAUUUGGAAAUGAUCGGCCUGGAGGGGACGGAAUGGGAGCCCACCUUUCUGGACGAGCUGGAGCGCUACAUCGAGGAUAGAGAUGUACGGUUUUGGCAGCAGGGACAGGUGGAGACACCGACCUGUACGAUCGGGCGCGUCAGUCGGCUGUUCUGUUGAGCGAUGCGAGCGUGCUGAAUGUGUGUUGUGAUUGUGUUGAACAGAUUGAAUAAAUUACGAAAGCCGAACGAAACGAGAA